AUGAAACAAGAAAAUCGUGACCAACUUUGCCACAUUCUGCUCACAGAGUUGCUUGCUUAUCAGUUUGCAUGGCCCGUUCGUUGGAUAGAAACGCAGGACGUUAUUUUCAAUGACUUCAAAACCGAGCGUUUUAUUGAAGUGGGACCACAGCCGAUUUUAGCCAAUAUGGCAACCAGAACACUCCAACAAGACAACGUCCGCGAGAACGCACUGUGCUUGAGUGGGAGGCAAGAAGUUCUGGCGAGUUGCAGAGACCUCGACAAAUUGUAUUAUCAAUGGGAAGACCAUAGAGAAGCGACUCCCCAGAGAACAGACGCCCCAGAAAACCACGUAGGACUUACUUCCAAGACUUCACAAGUGGUCCCUGGUAUAGCCAGUGUAGGUAAAAACAGUUUUAGUGUCCUUCCUCGUCUGGAUAUGUCACUCAAGUUGCGAAGCAUCAUUUGUCAUAAAUUGCCAAAAUACGGCGUCCGCACUUUACCUGUGGAAAAGAGCCUAAAAGAGCUAUGCGGGGGAAAAUCAACACUUCAAAAUGAGCUUAAAGGUGAUUUCAUCAGAGAAAUACCAAGUAUGAGUGAUUCUCAGAUCGAAGAUAUCCCUGUAAGUGAAUUGUGUGAAACGGUCGACGAAACGAACUCAUUAGGGCCUGUCACAUCUGGACUGGCAAGUCGGUUUGUAGUCCGCAAUUUUUCAAGUUCCUUGAGCAAUUUAAGUGCGGUAAGAGCGUAUUUGCAAAGCCAUUGGCAGGUUUCUGAUGCAAAUGCUCUCAUAUUGUACAUGUCGACGCAAGUGGUCAACCAGAGGUUUCAAAGCGACGGCGAUACUGAGAAAUUUAUCGACCAAUGCUGUUUAGAAUAUGCCUCUUGGAAGAAUAUCGCUGUACGUGCCUGUAGCAAUCAUUCACUGUCAAUUGAAGAAGACGAUGAAAGGCCUAAAGUCAUUGACAUUGAAGAAUUCAACACAUUCCGAAACGAAUUAACGCAACUGCAAAAGAGCCAGCAUGGAAUUCUGGGUAGCCAAUUGGGGACGUCAGAUUCUCAAACCGAAGUCGAAUUACUGAAAGCUGAGCUUGCAGAGACGAAAAACAGGCUUUCGGCUAUUGAAAGUGAAUUUGAUAACGUUUUCUUGACCGAAUCUGUUCGCCAACUUUUCUCACCAAAAAAGAUCCGCAUUUAUGAUUCUGCUUGGAAUUGGGGGAGACAGCACGUUCUGCAAAUGGUUUAUGCUGCCAUCAAAAAUCCUCGGGAUAUUCAGCAAGUAUUCUCAGAGGAAAACGUGCAUGUCCUACUCAAUCGCGCGGACACUGACAUCAUGAGAAUUAUACAUUAUGCCAUAAAUUGCCUGCACAUGGACAACAACGUCGUGAAAAAACUCAAUGCAUUAUCCCAGGCGUGCUUGAGAAGUGCGGCACAAGAGCCCUUCUACCGCAAUUCUCAAUUCACAUCUUUAAAACCCAUUGCUAGAAUAACCCAGCAUGGCCAGAUUAUUUGUGAGAAACAGUCGAGAACGAAGAUAAACAGUCUAGCCAACUACGUCGAAGAAAUGUCGGCGGGAAACACUACUGCUCGUGUGCCUAAUGAGGUCUCCGUGGUUUCAACAAAAUUAGAUCACGACAUGAGCAGUUACUACAAAAUCGAGAAACAACUUUUCGAAGUCUAUUCUAAAGUUAUGCAGUACUCUCUUGCCACGGGUGAUUCUCAGCAAAACAUCCAGGCACAAUUCGAGUCCAUGUACGAACAGUUGCUCAUUUUCCUUCGCAAUUCGGAUCAAGUAACGUCCUUCUUCCGCGGAGUGAUUGACCAAGCCCUAUUUUCCGUUAAUAGAACACUCAUCUGUUCUGAAGACAAAUCUGAAGACGUUUAUAUUGAUGAUUGUGAAGUCGAUUCAUCUGAAGACGAAUUUGAAGACCAUAAUAAUGACGACAAUUUGACAACUCACGAAGCAACGAUCCCUAAAGGUACCAUUCCCUUUCUGCAUUUGAAGAAGCGGUCGAACGUAACGGGAGAGUGGUCCUAUAAUAAGGAAUUGACCCAAAUGUACCUCUCAAGUCUACUCCGAAUGAGCAAAUCCGGCAUACAACUAGGGGACAAAACUGUUUUGAUGACGACGCAAGGUGCAGACGAUCUUUUGGUGCUAGAAGUGCUGAAGGGGCUGCUACAAGCUGGUGCUCGUGUCUUUGUAGCUUCACAACGAUAUGAUCACCAAACGACAAGUAAAUUCAAGGAAUGUUAUCAAAGGCAUGGUGCGUCUGGCUCUAAGCUUGUACUGUCACCACUGAACUUGGCCUCCAAAAUUGACAUCUCAAAGUUUGUCCGCUACUACUUUUCUCGGUAUGACGAUGUUGACCUUUUCUUGCCUUUCCACGUCAAGAGAGCUUAUGGUUCACUCAUUGAUUUCAAUUCCAAGGCUGAAUUGACCCAUAGGUCUGCUAGUCUGAACCUUCUUAGAUUCAUGGCUGGAAUUGUCGAAGAGAAAAGAAUACGCGGAAUUGACACGAGAAUCACUCACGUUCUAUUACCACUUUCGCCAACUCACAGGAACAUUUCAGAAUCUGAUCCGACUUUCAGUGACACAUUUUUGUCUCCAAUACUGGACAAAUGGUAUGAUGAAGAUUGGUCAACAGAGCUGAGCGUUUGUGGAUGCGUUUAUGGAUGGACGAACGAUGACAUAGGCGAUGACAUGGUAGCGCACGGUUUAGAAAAAUUAGGAAUACGAACUUUUGCGAGCAACGAAAUGGCAUUCAAUAUCCUGGGUUUACUCUCCUAUCAGGUCAUUCAUUCUUGUCAAAAGGGGGCACUUAUGGCUGAUCUCAACGGUGGACUUCAUACACUGCCCAACUUCGGAAGGGUCGUCUCACAAAUUAGAAAUGAGCUUGGUCGCCAACAGCAGUGCAAAGAGGCCAUUCAUGAAGAGAAAAUUACUGAUGCCUACUCCAUCACUGAAACGUCCUCCGAUGGUCCAAAUUAUGUCAAACCCAGAGGCAAUAUUUCACCAAGCUUCCCCAAUGUGCCAGAAUAUGAACGUCUUCAGAAACAAUUCAAUGGUGACCACUUGUCCGGCUUACUUGACUUAUCCCAUACAGUGGUUGUAACAGGAUUCUCGGAGGUAGGACCCUGGGGAAACUCAAGAACACGGUGGGAAAUGGAAAGCACAGGAGAAUUCUCACUCGAAGCUUGUAUUGAACUUGCCUGGAUCAUGGGAUUUAUCGAAUAUAAAAGAACUUCGAAACAAAGCGGUUGGGCAGAUGUUUCAACGGGCGAGUUCAUCUCUGACCACUUAAUCAAACAAACGUACGAAACGCGAAUCUUGGAACAUACAGGAAUAAGAAUAAUUGAUCCAUCGUUGUUUGAAGGAUACGAUCCUUCCAAGAAACAGAUGCUACAGGAGAUUGUGAUGACCAGGGACCUAGGUCCCAUAGAAAUGAGCUUAGAACUUGCUGAACAGUAUAAGGCCGAGCACGGCGACCUUGUCGAAAUUAUCUCACAGGAAAGCGGAUCGUAUUCGCAAUGUAUGGUUCGAUUCUUGAAAGGAUGUCCAUUCUUCGUUCCCAAAGCCCUUAGAUUUGACCGAUUUGUUGCAGGACAAAUUCCUAGUGGUUGGGACGCCACUCGAUAUGGAAUUCCCCAGGACAUCAUUGAUAGCGUUGAUACUGUGACACUUUUCGCACUCGUUGCUACCGCAGAAGCUUUAAUAUCAUCUGGGAUUACUGACCCAUACGAGCUCUACAAGUACGUCCACGUCUCAGAGGUUGGCAAUUGCUCUGGCUCUGGUAUUGGCGGUUUGAGAUCACAUCAUGCCAUGCAAAAGAUGAGAAUGCGCGAUUCUCCAGUCCAAAAUGAUAUUUUGCAAGAAACAUUCAUUAAUACAAGUGCUGCGUGGAUCAAUAUGCUUUUGCUGUCCUCAUGUGGGCCAAUCAAGACCCCAGUAGGAGCGUGCGCUACAGCACUCGAAUCUCUAGAUUCUGCUGUUGAGACAAUUUUAUCUGGCAAGGCUAAAAUUUGUUUAGCAGGUGGGUACGACGAUUUCACAGAAGAAGUCUCAUAUGAGUUUGGCCAGAUGGGAGCCACUUCAAGUGCCCAAACGGAAAUCGAAAGCGGUCGUGAGCCGAAAGAAAUGUGCAGGCCUGCCACAUCAACCAGGAACGGAUUUAUGGAAUCCCACGGAUCCGGAAUCCAAGUGCUCAUGGCCGCCGACCUGGCAAUUACCAUGGGGGCUCCGAUUUAUGGAAUUGUUGCGAUGGCGUCAACGGCAUCCGAUAAAAUCAGCAAGUCAUUGCCUGCUCCUGGGAAGGGUAUUAUGACAUGCGCCAGGGAAGUUCCAAAGAAAUUCAAAUUCCCAUGCCCAAAGCUCAACGCCAACUUCAGAAGAAAGCAAUUGGAAAGAAGAUACAAAGAAGUAAUGAACUGGGUGGAAUUGGAGUUAGCAGCAGGAUCUGAAAUUCAGUUUGUACAUGAAAUGGCAGAAAAACAGAUCAAGGAAGCCAGAAGGUACUGGGGAUGCGAUUUUUGGCACAAUGACGAAAGUAUAUCACCAAUAAGAGGAAGUUUGGCUAUUUUCGGUUUAACGAUAGAUGAUUUAGGCGCUGCGUCGUUUCAUGGGACGUCGACUAAAGCGAACGAGAAGAACGAGUCCGAGAUUUUCAACUCGAUGAUGGAUCAUUUAGGCAGAUCUGAGGGAAACCCCUUAUUGGGAGUAUUUCAAAAGCAUCUCACGGGCCAUCCGAAGGGCGCUGCAGCGGCUUGGAUGCUUAAUGGAGCUUUGCAAAUGUUGCAAACGGGCAUUGUUCCAGGAAACAAAAAUGCAGACAACAUCGAUAAGGUGCUCGAGAAAUAUCAGCAUAUUGCGUAUCUUUCAGAGAAUCUCGAAAUGGAAUGUGUUAAAGCUGUAUCGGUUUCAUCUUUUGGUUUUGGUCAGAAGGGCGCAAUGGCCAUUGUGGUAAACCCAAACUACGCUCUGGCAGCGUUAUCUGAGGCACAGUAUCACGAAUACAUCGAAAAGCUUCACAGUAGGCAAUCUCGGGCCCAAAAUCAUCUUGUCAACGGAAUGUAUCACAACAAAAUUUGUAAACCAAAAUCCAGAGCACCUUUCAAGCCAGAAGAAGAAGAAUCCGUUUUUCUAGAUCCUUUAGUCCGUGCAGACCAAAAUUUGAAGCUGUCGAUGUCCGAAACUUCCCAUCAGAGAGUUUCUAUAAGUCGUUUUGACAAUAUUUCAGUUGCAUACGAAAGCCAAUCAAACGAUACAAUUGUCCAGGCAAUUGUAAAAGCCUGUUUGAAAGCCAUUCAACAUUUCGAAUCGAGUUAUGUCGAUAAAGACAUUAAAGCGAUCAUUGACUCGUCUAAUUUAACUGCCGGUUUCCAAUUGAUCUUGCCAAACUCAAAAAAAGAACUGAGAGUCACUCCCUUCUAUAACGAUUCCGGUGCCAUAGUCAUAGCAGAGUGUAGAUGA